AAUCAAUGUGUGAACCAUGUCACCCUGAACCAGAAGACAAACUUAAAACCAUUUCAGCACAGAGAAAAUUCAGAAAAAAAAAAAAAAGAAUAAAUCGAACAAAGCCAGCAGGCAUGGUGGAGUAAUAGUAGCGAUCGCAGGCAUCUCAGCAUCGUGGUCAUCGCUCGCUCACUCUCGUCUAAUGGCUUCAAUCUCAGGCAUUUGCUCCUCUUCCCCAUCUCUCAAGCCCCGGACGCACCUCCUCAAACCCGUCAACUCGCUGCGCAGAGACUCAGUCGCAUUCCCGGCUCGCUCCAGGCUCGCCGAUCGGAGCCUGUGUCUCACUCCGCCUCAGUCGGUGGCUCGGGAGGUCUCUACGGAGCUGUCGAAGAUCGACGACGGGGUUCUGAAGGGGACGAAGAAGGGUUUGCUGGAGAAAGACCCUCGUGAGCUGUGGAGGAGGUACGUGGACUGGCUGUACCAGCACAAGGAUCUGGGGUUGUACCUGGACGUGAGCCGGGUCGGGUUCACGGAUGAGUUCGUGACGGAGAUGGAGCCCCGGUUCGUCGCCGCCUUCCGCGCCAUGGAGGAGCUGGAGAAGGGUGCGAUUGCGAACCCGGACGAGUCCCGCAUGGUCGGCCACUACUGGCUCAGGAACCCCAAGCUCGCGCCCAACUCCUUCUUGAGGUUGCAGAUUGAGAAGACUCUUGACUCUCUUUGCGACUUCGCAGACGACGUCGUCAGCGGUAAGAUCAAGCCCCCAUCUUCUCCAGAAGGUCGCUUUACUCAAGUACUUUCUGUUGGGAUUGGAGGUUCAGCUCUUGGACCACAGUUUGUUGCAGAGGCAUUGGCACCUGAUAAUCCUCCUCUAAAGAUAAGAUUCAUUGACAAUACGGAUCCAGCAGGAAUUGAUCAUCAGAUUGCACAGCUUGGCCCUGAGCUGGCAUCUACACUUGUUAUAGUGAUUUCAAAGAGUGGAGGCACUCCUGAAACUAGAAAUGGUUUAUUGGAAGUACAGAAGGCUUUUCGUGAAGCUGGCCUGGAAUUUGCAAAACAGGGUGUUGCCAUAACGCAAGAAAAUUCAUUGUUAGACAAAACUGCAAGAAUAGAGCGUUGGUUAGCUAGAUUCCCUAUGUUUGAUUGGGUGGGUGGUAGGACGUCUGAAAUGUCCGCUGUUGGUCUGCUUCCAGCAGCACUUCAGGGAAUUGACAUAAGAGAAAUGCUUGCUGGUGCAUCAUUAAUGGAUGAGGCGAAUAGAAACACUGUGGUCCGGAAUAAUCCUGCAGCAUUACUAGCUUUAUGCUGGUAUUGGGCUUCUGAUGGAAUAGGAUCAAAGGAUAUGGUUGUUCUUCCUUACAAGGACAGCCUAUUGUUAUUUAGUCGGUAUUUGCAGCAGCUGGUCAUGGAAUCUAUUGGGAAGGAGUUUGACCUGGACGGUAAUCGUGUAAAUCAAGGACUUACUGUCUAUGGGAACAAAGGGAGCACUGAUCAGCAUGCUUACAUUCAACAACUGAGAGAAGGUGUGCACAAUUUCUUUGUGACAUUCAUUGAGGUGCUUCGUGAUAGACCCCCUGGUCAUGAUUGGGAGCUUGAACCAGGUGUCACAUGUGGUGACUACCUCUUUGGCAUGUUACAGGGAACAAGGUCAGCUUUGUAUUCUAAUGACCGCGAGUCCAUCACGGUCACUGUACAAGAAGUCACACCCAGAACCGUGGGUGCACUUAUUGCACUUUAUGAGCGAGCAGUUGGGAUAUAUGCCGCACUUGUCAACAUUAAUGCUUACCAUCAACCUGGUGUGGAAGCUGGGAAAAAAGCCGCAGGAGAAGUAUUAGCUCUUCAGAAGCGCGUUUUGGCAGUACUCAAUGAGGCCAGUUGUAAAGAGCCUGUAGAACCGUUGAGCCUCGAUGAAGUAGCUGAUCGUUGCCAUGCUCCUGAAGAUAUCGAAAUGAUUUACAAGAUUGUCGCUCACAUGGCUGCCAAUGAUAGAGCUCUUCUUGCUGAAGGCAGCUGUGGUUCACCGCGGAGCAUCAAAGUUUUCCUUGGGGAGUGUAAUGUUGAUGAGUUGUUUGCUUAAGUUGGCAACAAAAGGUAUUGUUGCAUGUUUUUGUUGUAUUCGAGUUUACACCAGAACCACAAUAAAUUGAUUUUUGUUCCUGUCUGUUGCACUGCCACUUCAUUGCAAGUGGGGAUUUUUGUUUGAAUAAUAUUCCAUCCACACUCCUGUUUGUUAAACUUUCUA